AUGAGCACCGAAGACAUUCUGAUUGAAUGCCCUCUUAAUGUUGAGGUUGAGGAAGAAGCAGAUGGCAUCAACGAUGUUGUUCGUUUAGAGGAAAAUCAAUUAUCUACUGCACAACUACUCUGUCGAAUUACGUCCCUCAUCGCGAUUGGGGCGUUUAUAUACUUAACUUUUUGGAACAACUCUCAGUUCUGGGCCGUAGUAUUUGUCUAUCAUCCAUUGUUUAUGGUAGUUGCUUUUAUGGGCGCGCUUCCCGAGCUCAUGUGCACUGUUGCUGGUUUUCAUAGUCGGAAGUUUCCAUUUAGUCGCGUCAUAAGAACGCAUCUCAAGUGGACUAUGGUGUUUAAGGCAUUAAGUUUGCUUGGCAUAGUCGCAGUAGAGUGGACCAAAUUCGUCAAAUCCAAAAAUCAUUUCAAGUCUUGGCAUGGGAUUAUCGGUGCCGUGUGUGAAGCUUCUCAGUUUUUGGAAGCACUCGUAGGUCUCAGCAUGUAUUUCAAUGCUGGUGGUCGCUUCUUCAGUUCGUCUCAGGCGCGUUUGCUUCGUGUGGCGCAUCGACUCCUUGCCGUCGUGGUUAUUUUAACGGGAUUAACUUCCAUGUCGUUGGGCAUGUUCACCAAGUUUGCCGUGGAAGUGUACGGAGCGUUGGCCGUGCGGGUGGCAUUUGCCAUUCUUCCCAUUGUUUUGGCACUGUGGGGUUAUGCUUGCCCCUUUGUGGCCUGGUAA